UCUUUUUGUUGUAUGUUUUCAGGUAAUAAUGUAUCCCAGAAAAGAACAACCGAUCGUCUAUAUCUCCCGUAGUGAUUGUUUCAGCGCAUGUCAUCGACUGAAUAACAAUAAUCUUUCAGAUGAAGAUAACCAAGCUACGUUUGGUAAAUGUAAUAACCCUAAAGGACACGGUCACAAUUACAAAGUCGAGGUGACUCUUCGUGGUCCUGUUGACCCUGUGACUGGAAUGGUGAUUAAUCUGACAGAUCUGAAAGCUUACAUGGAAAAAGCGUUUAUGUCAACACUUGAUCAUAAAAAUUUGGAUUUAGACGUGGACUAUUUUAAAGAUAAAGUCAGCACAGCAGAGAAUAUUGCAGUGUAUAUUUGGGAGAGAAUGGAUGAACAACUUACACCUGGACUUUUAUAUGAGGUCAAAGUGCAUGAAACUGAAAAGAAUAUCACUAUUUAUAGAGGUGAACUGUCAGAAUAACGUACGUCAAUUCAUGCUCCAUUUCGCAAAGUAACAGGAAACUGUGCGAUUGAGCACACACCGUACCUGUAGCAAAAUAAUUUGGCACUUGUUAAAACUAUAAAGUUUAGACCGCAUUAAUUCGGUUAUCACCAAUCUGCACCCUAACUUUCCACAACUUUUUUUAUCAAGCUGUUUAUUUAUCUUUGACAAUGUCUUGACGUUAUUGUACUUAUUGAACUUAUAAUCGUCGAAUGCAGCAUUCUUAAAUGUUAUCUAAUUAAAUAGAUAUGUAAGGUAAUUUUAUUUGUAACGAAAAAAUCCUUCAUGUAAAAGAAUUCAAAAUCAUAUAUUAAAAUGUCAUAGAUGAUAAAACUAAUUCUUCAUCAGAUAUGGAAUGCAAUAACACGACAGCGUACACAAUUUCUUAGUAAUAAAUCGUAUAUAUUAAACUUUUAAAGAACAUGAUCAUUAUUUGGAUUUAAGAGAAUUUAGACUUACAUUAAAUAUAUUCAUGGUUAUUUUAAAUUACAUUUUAUGAGUUUUCAUAUUUUAUGCUUACAGUUUGUAAGAAGUUGAGAAGCAAUAACUGAGUUGUCAUGCCACAUUUCAUUCCGACGGUUCAUAGUUCUCAAUAGUUAUCUCUUGCAUCUUUUUUGUGGUGUAUUGAACGCGAACAAAAAAGUGAUGUAUUAAAGUAUGAAUACCUCAUAAAUUUGUACACUCAGUAUACACAACUGCCGAUUCUCAUUUUGACCGACUUUUCAGCAAGGAAGUUAAGAAGUUAUUUUAUUACUUAUUUUCAAUGAGGAUACGAUACUGCAUGGGGUGUGGGUUCAAGCCCCACUGGGAGUCGAAAUUUUUGUACUUUUUUAAUUCUAUUUGUGUGGUCAAACUAUGGUUUUAUUUUAAAAUCUAUUAAAAAUUGUUUAAUUUAGAUAUAUUUGCAAAUUUGUAUGUACAUUUUAGUGUUAAAUGAAUGAAAAUUUGGUAGUUUUACUUCCUAAAUUUAUUAUAUAUUUCCAAAUCUGGAUAGUCAACUGUCUUUUUUUUGUACACAUAUUCAGAAAUGUAUGUCGAUAAUUAUUAUAAUGAAGAUAUAAGGAUACCCCCAUUGACAGCUAACAAAUAUGUCCGAUUUUCUUAACCCGACCCUCUUUUUGUUUAAUAAAAUCUGACAAACCUGUUUCAAUUAUCCAAUCUU